AUUAAUACAAGUGGGCAAUAGCUAAAUUGGGAUAGAAUAAAUGCCCUCAUUGUUUGCUUGAGUUGUUCUGUGCUUAAGUAGCAUGAAAUGCGGGAGAGGGCGUGCAAUUUUUGACUAGCCUUUUUACACAGUGUUUUUAUGUGUGGCUUAAAUGAGAGUUUUUUGUUAAUAGUUACACCAAGUAGUUUUUCCUCGCUGCUUUCGUUGAUUAGUUUGUUGUCUAUUUGUAUGGCUAAGUCAUUACUUUGAUCGCCAAAGGUCAUGAAGUGGCAUUUGUCCCCAUUUAACUUCAUACAGUUGUCUUCAAACCAUUCUGCAACUGUUGAGGAAUUUUCCUCUAAUUUUUCAAUUACAUGUGAGGGGUUAAUGUCGCUCGCAUAGAGGGUUGUGUCAUCUGCAUAGAUGCAUAUUUCUAUGUCUGGUACAAACAUGAGCAGAUCGUUAAAGAGCCUUUGCUGACAUAUGUCCUUUGCGCUCGUUUCCAUCCCGUGAUGCAAUUCUUCGCAGACUUUCUGGGUGUCAGAAAUUGUUUUUUUGUCUGAACAUGGCAACGCGAAAUUUAGGACGGCCACGGCGCCAAGAAGCCAGAAAACAUGUAUAUCUUUUCGAAUCUACGCUGAAACUUUGGAAUGAACACAAGAAAGAAGUAUCUGGCGAUGACCCUGUGAUGACCAAUAACGAAUUUGCGAAUUGUACAGGAGCAUAAUUAUUUCGACCAGGGAAUUAUGAGGCCAAAAGAGGGUCAGAAAAGCAGCCAAAACAAUCUUGGUGCAUCAUCCAAUGCAAGUGUUACAACAUGUUUGCCAUCUGCUGAACUUCCUGUCACUUCUCAACCAUCAUGUACAGCAGCUGUCUGCAUUGAAACACAAAAAGAAUCAACACCAGUUGCCUACAAAAAUAAAAAGAGACAAAAAUUGGAAUUUAGUGUAAUUGAAGUAGAACAAGAGCAGGAAUCAGAAGGAUCAGAAGCAUCUGAAACAAUUUUUGGCAGCACUGUUAACUCAGAUAUCAACAGUAUGAGGCAUAUCAGCAUGAACAAACAACUAGGGCAAAUUUCUGGGAACCCCUUUGUAGAAGAAAGCUACAAUUCUGAGUCAGACAUUGAUUCUGAUGUCUCAGAUUCAAGUAGCGCAUAUAUAAGCACUGAUGAUGAUGAUGAUGAUGAUGAUGAUGAUGAUGAUGAUGAUGAUGAUGAUGAUGAUGAUGAUGAUGAUGAUGAUGAUGAUGAUGAUGUUUAUGAUUCUUUGUCAAGCUCGGAUGAUGAUGGCUUGACACAAGAUCAAAUUGAUGGAAUAUCAAUGCAUAUGACUGAAAAUGCCAAAGAAGAUUCCAGAGCCAACCUUGUUUCUUUAGUGACAGAUCUAGAUUUGACUAGAACAUACUUUGUUGAAAAUGAGCAAUGUGAAAAGUCGAUGGAACUGGAGACCACUAUGAUAGACAACCUGGUGCAAUAUAUGCAUCAUCAGAGGUGAAUUCAAAAGAAAUGAAAGCAAAAGUACACAAAACAAUGGAAGAUCUGUAUCAAACAAAUAUUGGAGAUGCAGAAUAUAAGCAUGGAAACCAAAAUAGAGUUUUAGUGUCACUUAAGAAGCUACAAGAGUUGAAAGGGAAGUUUUGCAUGCAAAAACUGAACAAUGGUCGACUAUGCAAUGAAGUUUUGAAUUUUGAAAGUGAUGUGAAAGGCUGUACAGUAAAACUUCGCUGGUCAUGCAAAAAUGAGCACUUUGGAAUGUGGGUUUCCUCUGAGAUAGUUUCAAAAUCUCACUAUGCAGGCGUUUACUUGAAUGACCUGUUGGUCACUGCCUGCGUAUUAUCGUCUGGAAACAAUUACUCAAAAUUUGCAAGGUUUUGUAAGUUUCUUGGGCUUGCAAUCCCAGAUCAAUCUGUCUUUUACAGAAAUCAGAGAUUGUUUUUCA